UAUAAAGAACUUGCUUCUGGGCUUCAUAUGACAGCUAUGGUAGAAUAUCAUCCUGAAAAAGAUGAAGACACUUUUGACCAACUACUUAUUUCAAUAGGAAAUAAAACAAUAGAGAUCCCUCUAAUUGGUGAGGAGGCUAAGGAGGAGCUUGCCAAGAAGUGUGGAAUCACCGUCUCUAAGGUCUCCAACUGGUUUGGCAACAAGCAGAUUUGCUGUAAGAAAAAUAUUGGGAACUUCCAAGAGGAGGCAAACAUCUAUGCUGUCAAGACUGCUGUCAGUUACCCCGGGGGGCUGCAGCCACACCAGCUCCCCAACACCCCCUUCCUCCGCAGGCUCUGGCAGCUCUUUCAAUCUCUCAGGAUCCGGAGACAUGUUCUGGGGAUGCCUGGACUCAACGGAGAUUCCUAUUCUGCUUCCCAGGUGGAAUCACUCCGACACUCAGUGGGGCCGGGGGGCUAUGGGGAUAACCUCAGAGGAAGCCAGAUGUACAGUCCUCUGGAAACAAGGGCGAAUGGUGGCUGGCAGGAGGCUGUGACCCCAUCCUCGGUGGCAACAUAUGACUUUAAUUUGCAAGUUCGAAUUAAUUUCUUCAAGGCUUCAGAACUUUACAUUCAACAUUGUUUGACAAAUUCUCCUAUGGUAUCAAAGACAACACCACUUAUUCGACCAUGUCAUGUUCAAGCUGCUGUAUUGCAAGCACCAUUGCGAUUAUCCAGCACUGAUUUUAUAUUUGAAGUCCCAUUACAUACUCUGGAUCCUAAAAACAAGGUCACAAAAACUGAGGAUCUUGUCUUACAUAAUACUUCCAAACGAAGUGUGCUGUGGACUGUGGAUAUUAGUGUAACUAGCAAACUUUUCAAAAAUGGCAUAUUCCAGUUUAGUGCACUGAGUGGGAUUCUGUCACCUCUUGAAGAGUGUACUGUUUCCAUUACUUUUUGUCCAAAUCAUGCUGGAAAAUACACAGCUGACAUUCCUAUAUGUCUAAAUGAUAAUCCAGUUUGCUAUCGAAUGUUGCAUCUGAUUGGAGAGGUAAAAUCACCAAAGUUAUUGUUUGACCCUCCAUUCAUAUUUUUUACUCCUGUUCCUUUGGAUGUAACAACUGUGAUGAAUAUCAACAUUUUGCCUCAAAACUAUUUCAGAGAUUCAACUCUAAGUGUCCAGAUUCCCACAACAACACUUCUUGAUGGUGAUGAGAUUCACCCUUUUUCCGUGACAUUUCCAAAAGGCAGAGUCAUCACAGGCUCUUCCAGUGGCAUUAAUACUGAGGUCACCUGCCACCUCAGUUUCAACUCAUCUAAACCUGUGUCAUUUUUCACCAAUGUUCUUUUCUGUGCUGGCACAGAUAGCUGGUUUUCACUGCCAGUUACUGCAACAGCAGAAAACUGCAUUCUUACUAUUUACCCAUAUAUGGCACUUCAUCUUAAGAAGCAAAAAAUCAUUGUAAAGAAUGAUAAGGAUGCCAGUCCUGUGAAGACUAAAGACAAAUAUAAGGAUGCCAGUCCUGUGAAGACUAAAGACAAUGUUUUACUUCCUCACCAAGAGGCUGGAUUAUCUUCUCCUGCUCAUACUAAAUUGAGUGAUGCUGAGCCUGCAAAGAGACUAUUUGUUGGAAUGGAAAUAAAACAUGAAAGAUCGAACGUGGGCAAAAGUGAAAAGUCAAAGAAAGGAAGAGAUAAGUCUAUGGAAAAGGAGAAGAAAAAUGAGCAAUUCUUUCCUUUUGAAGAAGGAACAGAAGCAUAUGACUUCUUUCAGAAGGCUGUAAAUGCAGCUCAGACCUGGUUCAGUCUCUUUGGCUGGCCUGAAGGACAUCAUUUUCUUUCUAUUCCAGAGACUAUAAGAAGGGAUGUGUAUAAAAUACAAUUCGACUCAUCAACCUCGUCAUCCAAAAAAUAUUCCAGACACAAUGCCUUUUCCAAAUAUAAUAAGACAAUUUAUGAUGUGGUGCUCCACUUGAGUGGAAAAAUGCCACCUGGAAUUAAUUCAAGUCAGUCUUUACCUAUGGAUUACACUGACAGGGUGAUUCAGCUUCAUUUGCAACAUUCUUCACUUCUUGACUUUCUCAAUGCUCAAGGAGCAUGUAUUUCUCAUGUACUGCCAGAAUUUCUGCUUGAACCAGAAGAUUAUAAGAAGUGGAUUGAAAUUACAUCUUCCGCUAGUACCUCGCCUGCAUUUUCCUAUAUACCUAAGGAAAACCAUUCUAUUGUUAUCAAUAUGACUAAGUUUGAAGCCUGGAGUAAGCGGGCAUGGACAGAUGUACUCCUUCAGAUAUACAAGGUUCUGGUACUAUCCCGGGUUGUACCACGUUGCAGCAGUAAUAUGCCCCCCAUACAUGGGCAACAUUCACAAAAAGUCAAUCCUUGUUUCAUGUCCAGCAACAUAUAUUCUAAUUCUGAAAGGAUUCUUCUUAGUUGGAUGAAUACAAAUUAUGAGAAUGCCCGACAUAUUAUAUGGAAAAACAGUCAAAAAGGUGUUAUUCCCUCUGAGAGAUGGAUAGUAAAUUUUGAUGAAGACCUUUUAGAUGGCCUUGUUUUUGCAACACAGUUGGGAGCCUAUUGCCCAUUUUUGAUUGAGUCUCAUUUUGUAAAUAUGUACACAGAACCAAAAAGUUCUGAACAGUAUCUACACAAUUGUCUGAUUAUUGUGAAUGUUCUUUGUGAAAUUGGCUUUGACAUAGAUAUACAGGCCACUGACAUCUGUGACCCUAAUCCAAUCCUGAUGCUUAUGCUUUGUGUGUACAUGUAUGAGAGGCUCCCUACAUACCUCCCCAAGAAGGUGGUGCCCUUUCAUUGUGCUCUGCAUGACACUGUGUUGAGACAGAUUCUACUGAAAAAUCCAAGCUCCAAAAACUUAGUGUAUAAUGCUACAAUUGUUGGAAGAGAUGCCUCUGACUUCUCCCUCUCCCAUUCAGGGAAUGUUGUGACAAUUUCUCCAAGAAACCAAGCUGAUGUCACUCUGAAGUUUACCAGUCGCUUCCUUCAUCCUUCUGAAGCCUCACUGCUGUUAAUUUCAAAAUCUAAGCAUGCAGUCGGAGGCACUACCAUGACUUUUGCUCUUAAGGGUGAAGUCCUCAAUUUUAAAGGCAUUGAAAUUAUAAAAUGCAAAUCCCCAUGUUAUAAAUGGAAAGAAAUCAUUGUGAAUGUUAAAAAUCCCUUCCAUUCUGCUGGAGAUUUCAGUGUCAUUUUGGUGGAGUCUUCAACAUUUGUUUCUUUGCCAUGUCAACUGACUGAAUCUGGACAAUUUGUUAACCAUACAAAUAAUGGUGAUGCUGUGAGUAGCUGUGAACAUGAUGUUGCUGAGGGUUGUUUCAAUGCCCCACAAGCCUUAAAAACUUCAAUUAUGUCCAAUUUCAUCCGAGAGUUCUUCUGCUCAGCACAUACUCUUCAUCUGAAAGUGAAAGAAACUUCAAUCUUGGAGCUCUUCUUUCUCCCCUUUGAAAUCCACACUCGCUACUGUGUCAUCAUCCUCAGCAACCAAAAGAUUGGAGAAUUAAUAUACAUUGUGGAAGGAAUUGGUAUGAUCCCCUUGCCUUCCAGCUUCGUGACAACAGAUUUUUCAACUCCAUUUGACUACAGCACUUCUCCCAAAGAAGUGUUUAAUAAGGAAGAUCCAGUUCUGUAUUUGAAAUGUGGCCUCCAUCAAACGUUGGAUGUGGACCUUAAAUUGCCGCUGAGUAACAAUGCCAAGGAGAAGGCUUUGGUUUUUGCAGCACAGCAGCAGAUGUCGAAUAUAGAGUAUGAGCGAAGGUUGCUCACAGGCACUCUGGAAAGCAGUAGUGUCCGCGUGGCCAUCGCCCUCCUGGGACUGACCAAAAUCGAGUCCUGUAUGCUCUUUAAUACCUCAAAGUUGAAGAAGCCUAAGGCCAUUUUAUACAAUGUAGAACAGAGCCUCCCAGAAUAUUUUGAUAUCCCCAAGAAAAUCUAUAUUCCUCAGAUUGCAGAAGUUCAAGCUCAACUGAUUCAAUGUCAAGGAAUUAAGCCUACAACUAAAACAGAUGGAUCUGUUCCAGUUCCUUUACGAUUUACUCCUGUCAAACCUGGCCGCUACCCUUGUAAAAUUUUGUUGACAUCCUGGUAUGAUGUGCGUCUCUAUUACAUUGAAGGUGUGGUAAAUGAGGAGCAUCCAGAGGCCAGAUUUGAAUUUGAAACACCAGCAUUUGAAGCCCUUACCCAGAAUAUUCCAUUAAAUAAUAAAACAAGGAAAGAAUGGAAAUGUCAAGUUACUAUAGAAGGAGAAUGGUUUUAUGGACCUUCUCUUUUACACGUUGGACCAGGUGAAACUGUACAGUAUCCUCUCACAUUCAAACCUAUUUGGGAACGUGAGAUUAUGGGCAGACUUAUUCUACAAAAUGAAGUAGAUGGUAUGGAGCAUGUCUUUGAAAUAAAAGGGGUUGGAAAAAAGCCCGUGGCCUUGGAACACAUCACUGUAGACUGUCAAGUGGGGAAUAUAGCAAAUAAACCCAUAAUGGUGCCCAGUUGUAUGAACACCGCCCUGACAUUUAAGGUAUCUUCAGAUCUUCCAAUGGUGUGGGGAAAUCCGAACAUCACCAUAGACCCUGACAAUGUAAUUCCAUAUAUUCUACACAUAUGUCCUUGGAAACGUGGAGUAUUCAAAGGUGCCAUUUCAUUUUCUGUUAAAAGCAGAAAAAAUUAUUCCCAGGAAUAUUCAGAUCAAGGUCAAGAUCAACGUAAUCAAGAUCAACUACCCUCCGGUCACAAAACAGUAUCCCAACUAUCCAAUGAGUUUCAUGAGGAAGACUCAGGUGAUGAUAUUAGCAAUUUAAGAAUCUGGUAUGAUCUUGAGAUCCAUAGCUCUCCCAGACCACCAGCAAACAUCAUUGAGGUGAAAUGUAUUGCUCUGGAAAGCGUUUGCAUUGCAGUUCCUCUCUCUAAUCCAAAAAAGGAAAUUAUUCACCUAGAUGUGCAGUUACCGAGUGUCGCCUUUAGUGGACUCAAGGAACUUAAACUGCAUCCACUAGAAUGCACCAAUUAUGUUGUGUGGUAUUCUCCAGUGACUGUGGGCUGCAGAGAUGAAAGCAUUAUUUUUCAGCCUGAUGUGGCCCUAGAGUUCUGGUAUUUGCUGAGAUUAACUGUUGAAUUACCAAGACCAACCACAAUGCCAGAAAUACAGUGUGACCUUGGAAAGCAUGUCACUCAGACAAUUCCUUUAGUUAAUCCUACACAUGAAACCUUAGAAUUGCAAGCCACAAACACUAAUCCUGGAAAUUUCAUCCUGGAUGUUAACAGAUCACCACUGAUCUUACCUCCUUCCUCCACCAAAGAGGUUUUUGUCCACUUUUUUCCUUCUGCUCUUGGAAGAACUGGUCAUCAAGCUUCUAUCAUCUUCCACUGUGCUCAGUUUAAAGAAUGGAAAUUCUGCCUGUCUGGAGUGGGAUUAUUCCCCCAACCUCUCAAUAUAGAAAGAGUAACCACAUACCUCCAUCUCCGUACAUCUAUCAUUGUAUCUUUCCAAAACCCUACCCAGGAAGAUGUCUUAGUCAAUAUCAUACUAACAAGUCGGGAAAAUCCCAGGCAUCUCGUCAUUGACCACUGCUGGGAUAGCUUCUUCAAUGAGAGUUCUGCCUUCAAGUUUAGUAGUCUGAGUCACACACAAGGAAUUACAUUACCUCCUAAAAAGAAUGUAGACAUCCCCGUGUUAUAUAUGCCCAACAUUAUGAAAUUACAGAAAACACUGGUCAUUGUUCAAAUGAUGAGGGCAAAUGGAGAAAAUUGGCCCAUUGACAAUUUUGAUGAAUUGAGCACAGAGAUGAAAAGAACUCUGGGACUAGACAGUGGAGAAAUCCAUGCAAUAAACUGGAUAUACCCCAUUGUUGGACUCCCACAGUCACUGCAUCCUAAGUGCCCUCAAGUUGUCAUAAAAUGUCAGUCCAGGAAGCAGGUAGAAGAGGAGGUGGAAGUCACACUCACUGGCGAAUUUUUUGGCGAAAACCCAGAUGUGACAGAUUUUGUAGUAAUUCCAAAAAGAAAUUCAUCUGAGUCUUAUGAAGAUGUUCAUGAUAAGCCGAUAAAACGUGAAUUUGAAUAUGAAAUUCAGUUUGAAUCUGAAGUUGUGAAGUCUAACUGGGAAUCCUGCGUGGCUUUACAUUUGAUCAAAACAUUUUAUAAUACAGAGGCUGAAAAGAUAACAUUGAUCUUCAGUCUGGUAUUUGCACCAAAGAAACCAUUGAAGUCUCAAAUUAUGCUGAAAAUAGAGUGCGUAACAGAUGGGAUCUGGAACUUUCCCAUAAUAUUGGUUGCUACUGAGCCUGAUGUGGAUAGUGUCAUUGAUAUUGAAGGGGUUGGCUUAUUUAAGGAAUCUAUUGUUGACUUCAGGCUGACAAGUCAGACAAGAAAUCCUGAGCCAUUCACUGCAUACUUCCGAUCUGGCAGCGACCCUGAGUUUUUUGUAAAACCUCAGGGUGGAGAACUUCUUCCUUUUGACACUCCAGGAACUCUCAUCACUGUGGGUUUUAAACCCAAAAUGUACAGUAGGAAGUACAAGGCAACAUUAGUAAUACAGACAGCAGAUAUGUACCGCUUGUAUGAUAUCAACGGGUUACCUCAAGUUACUAUUCCACCAGUAAAUGCAAAAGCCAAAAUAGACAGUACCAAUGAGAUGUUUGACAGCAAGCCAGUUGGUCGGCGCAAUUUUAUCCGUGAAAAUGCUAAACUCUUAAGGACAGGGGUGUCCUCUACCGUCAAGGGUGCUCCUUUGAUGUUGAAGAAUAAAUAAAAAGUAAUUUUUUCCAAAAUGUUUCCUUGUCUUAAGUAAAAAUGAAUAUAUUUUCAUGAUUGUUAUUUCAUCUUUUGGAAUGUUUCUGAGGAAUGUUUCAAUUAUAAUAGGCCUCCUAUAUUUUACUUUUUAAAUAGUGACUAAAUCUAUUCUUUAAAUAUGUUACACCUAAUUUCUGAGUUAUGUGUUUCUUUUAAAAUGUAUGGGUUGCAAAUAUUGGGAUUGGUUCACUUGUAAAGUACAGGAGUGUACUUAUAGUAAAACUGAAAAAUGAUUUCAAGUUAAAAAUUCAAGC